AUGGAUUUGAAUGAUUUGUUGGGUAGUGUUGUGUUUACAGUGCCGGCAACAUCUUCUGCAGCGCCUGCCCCGAGUGAAGGUGAGCAACUUGCACAGAAGGAGGCCGAGGAGCAGGCACGCAAGGGAGCUGAGCAACAGGCGCAGAGGGAGGCUGAGGAGAAGGCCCGCAAGGAAGCGGAGGCGCAGGCCCAGAAGGAGGCCGAGGAGAAGGCCCGCAAGGAGGCUGAGGACAAGGCCCGCAAGGAAGCGGAGGCACUAGCGCAGAAGGAGGCUGAGGAGAAGGCCCGCAAGGACGCGGAGGCGCGGGAACAGAAGGAGGCCGAGGAGAAGGCCCGAAAGGAGACAGAGGAGAAGGCCCGCAAGGAAGCGGAGGCACUAGCGCAGAAGGAGGCCGAGGAGAAGGCCCAAAAGGAAGCGGAGGUGCAGGCGCAGAAGGAGGCCGAGGAGAAGGCCCGCAAGGAGGCUGAGGACAAAGCCCGCAAGGAAGCGGAGGAACAAGCCCAGAAGGAGGCCGAGGAGAAGGCCCGAAAGGAGGCCGAGGAGAAGGCCCGCAAGGAAGCGGAGGCGCAGGCCCAGAAGGAGGCCGAGGAGAAGGCCCGCAAGGAAGCGGAGGAACUGGCACAGAAGGAGGCCGAGGAGAAGGCCCGCAAGGAAGCGGAGGCGCUGGCCCAGAAGGAGGCCGAGGAGAAGGCCCGCAAGGAAGCGGAGGAACUGGCCCAGAAGGAGGCCGAGGAGAAGGCCCGCAAGGAGGCAGAGGAGAAGGCCCGCAGGGAAGCGGAGGAACUAGCACAGAAGGAGGCCGAGGAGAAGGCCCGCCAGGAGGUGGAGGAGGCGGCUCGAAAACAGGCGGAGGCGCAGGCGCAGGAGGCAGACAAAGUGGUUGAAGACGACCUCUUCGCUGCACUCGAAACGCCGGCAGCAGAGAAAGCCGACACGGGCAGCAGUGAUGCCUUGGUGAAGAAGGACGACGGAAUGGCUGAUCUUCUGGGUUAA